AUGGAACUAGUUUUGGGUGAAUUUGAUAAACGUUUUAAUUAUCACUUUUAUGGAGACAAAAAAACUAAUUUACCUAGCAAACCAGAAUGGUUUUUCUCACAACUUUCUUGUUGGGCAGAAAAUAAUUUGGAAUAUUUUGAAGUUUAUCUACAACCAUUUGUUGAUGAGGUUUUUUCUUUUGAAAAUAAUUUUUUAGAUUUUUUUGGAGGCCCCUUUUAAUUUUAAUUAGGCUUGAGUUGUUCAGAAUAUUUUUUAUCGAGACAAAAAUAUGGGAAAAAAUUUUUGGGGGAAAUAAAAGGAUUUUAGUGGAAUUCUGGUAGACCGUGUAAUUGCUGUUUGUAUAGGCUCAAAAUGUUUAACUCGAACAUUUUUCGACUCGAAAUUUGAAAGCUGAUCCAGAGAAAAUUUUUUUGAAAUUCCAAUCCGAGCCCUAACCUCUUUUUCUCUCAAUCCGUC